UAUACUUUCACGUACUUCGUUCAUGUUGUUUUCGAAUCGGUGUCCAAAAUGUCUGUGCAUUUCCUUGCCUUCUUGUCCAUUCUUGCGUUUUCAUCAGGAGGUGUUCUGGCAACAUGUGGAUACAAGGGCUGCCCAGCAACAGUUCCUGGCAUGCUGAACGUUCAUCUUGUGCCUCACACACACGAUGACGUUGGCUGGCUCAAGACUGUAGACCAGUACUAUUAUGGCGACAAGAACAAAAUUCAGAAUGCCGGGGUACAGUACAUCCUCGACACAGUCAUUGCAGAGUUGGUUGAAGAUCCCGCUAAACGCUUCAUCUACGUGGAAAUUGCGUUCUUCUCACGGUGGUGGAAUGAGCAGACCGACAAAACGAAAGCUUUAGUCAAACAACUCGUCAAUGAAGGUCGUUUGGAGUUUGUCAACGGCGGUUGGUGCAUGAAUGACGAAGCGUCCACUCACUACAAUGCCAUCAUUGAUCAGAUGACAGUUGGCUUGCGCUUCCUGAAGGAAAACUUUGGGGAUUGCGGCAAGCCUCUGACGGCCUGGCAGAUUGAUCCUUUCGGUCACUCCAGGGAAUAUGCCUCACUGGUGGCUCAGAUGGGAUUUGAUAGCUUGUACUUUGCACGUCUAGACUACCUCGACAAGGCCGAACGAAUCAAGACGCACACCAUGGAGAGAGUCUGGCAUGCUUCCCCUAGCCUCGGAAAGACGGCAGACUUGUUCUUUGGAGCUCUGUACUAUCACUACGGACCACCUCCAGGGUUCUGCUAUGAUGUCUACUGUGCUGACCCCCCGAUCAUGGAUGACCCAAAUUUAUUUGACUACAACGUCGACGAGAGAGUCGCUGAAUUUGUCAGACUUGCCCAGGGACAGAAUGAUGUGUACGGCACCAACCACAUCAUGUUCACCAUGGGAUCUGACUUCCAGUACAGUAACGCUCCCAUGUGGUACAAAAACCUGGACAAACUCAUCAAAUAUGUCAACGCAAAGCAAAAUGAAACUAAGGUUCAUGCACUGUACUCCACCCCGUCCUGCUACACGUACAACUUGAAUAAAGUGCCCAAGAGAUGGUCCAUCAAAAACGAUGAUUUCUUCCCGUAUGCUGACGAACCUCACGCCUUCUGGACCGGUUAUUUCACCAGCAGACCUGGGCUCAAGGGAUAUGUCCGAGAGACGAACAACUUUCUUCAGGUUUGCAAACAGUUGGAGGUGUGGGGCUCAUUUCUACCCAACUUGAAGCUUCAAACAAAUUCUAACAUUCUAAGAAAGUUUAUGGGUGUGGCUCAACAUCAUGACGCUGUAUCGGGAACGGAGAAACAGAAUGUGUCUGAUGAUUACGCUGAGAGACUGUCCAUAGGGAGAGCUGAAUGCAAGGAACUUGUCAGUGAUGUGCUUGGAAAACUUGUGCAGAAGAAUAGUUCUGUGCCAUCGCCGCAGUUUGUGUUCUGUGACUAUCUGAACAUCAGUGUGUGUCCUCUUACUGUGAACAAUAAACAGUUCACCAUAACGGCUUAUAAUCCAAUUGCACGUCAAGUCACAACUGUGGUCCGGAUACCAGUGACAAGCAACUACAGUAUUACUGGUCCUUCUGGGAAACCAGUUACCACACAGCUGCAAGACGUGUCUGAGGGUACGAAGCAAGUACGUCGUAAUCGAGGCAGCGCACCCAAGGAGCUGCUGUUUCAAGUCACAUUACCCCCUCUUGGGUUUCAGACCUACAUUGCUGAGGCCUCCCAGGGAGGCGUGAAAGCACGCCGACAUUCCCAAAGCCAGACUGAAGCAUUCAAACCUAACGCAGACACAACCAUUGAAAACCAGUUCCUGAGUCUGACGUUUGACGGCUCCACAGGCCUUCUGAAGUCUAUGACAGACAAGAAAUCGCAGAAAUCCACGUCUGUCCGACAGUCCUUCUACUGGUACACCAGCAGUAUGGGUGAUUUGAAGAGUUCCCAGAAGUCUGGUGCUUAUAUUUUCAGGCCGCUGAUACAGACACCUACGGACCUGUUCAACGGGACAUCCGUUGGCUUGACUGUCAUAAAGGGGCCGGUUGCCACGGAAGUUCGUCAGCAGUUCCAGCCAUGGUUGAGUCAGGUUAUCAGACUUUACAACAACAGAGAGUUUGCUGAGUUUGAGUGGACAGUUGGCCCUAUUCCAAUUAAAGAUCGUGUAGGGAAGGAGAUUAUCACCCGAUUCGACACAGAUCUACAGACCAACAGUACCUUCUACACGGAUGCCAAUGGCAGGCAAAUCCUGCAGAGAAUCCGGGAUCAUCGAUUUGAUUGGCAGUACAACAACACAGAGCCAGUGUCUGGGAACUACUACCCCAUCAACAGCCGGGCAUUUAUCACGGACGACAAGAUGCAGAUGACGGUAAUGACCGACAGGUCUCAAGGAGGUAGUAGUAUGAAAGAUGGUUCCCUGGAAAUCAUGAUUCACCGACGCACCCUGGGGGAUGACCAUCGCGGAGUUGGUGAGCCUCUGAAUGAGACCGGUCAGUUUGGGGAUGGUCUUAUCGUCCGCGGCCAACAUUUCGUCCUUUUUACCUCCGUUGACAAAGCUGCUGCAGCACACAGGCUGCUCGGAGAGGAACUGUAUAUGGCGCCCUCGCUGUCGUUCUCGCAGUGGGUGCCAGACUGGGCUACCAAAUUCAAUACAAUGAAAUCUAUGGUGUCACGUUCGCUGCCGUCCAACGUUCAUCUGCUGACGUUAGAAAGCUGGACGAACGGCAACAUACUGAUCCGAGCUGAAAACCAGUUUGCCAUUGACGAAGAUCCUGUGCUAUCCCAAAAAGUCAAAUUCCAACUGAAGGGUUUAUUUGAGCCGUUUGUUAUCACCAAUCUUGAAGAGAUGACACUAUCAGCCAAUGAGCCACUAGCUGAUGAGAAACGCUUGCAGUGGAACGUCACAGAUAGCCCCUCCCCUACACCUCCAGCUGUCAAGCCGGUACCCGUGCCACCUUCUACGCUGACUGUCUCCCUCAAUCCUAUGGAGAUAAGGACCUUCAUCGCCACUGUAAAACAAGCCAAAAAUUAACAAAAACCCAAUCGGAGGAUAUUGCGGAGUAAUACUUUGACCUAUAUAUUUACUAAUAUGAGAACAAAUGGUACAUUACAUAGCUUCACUAGGUGACCUUCUUGUGUUUCUGUUUGUUCUGCCCGAAAGCCUGUACACAUAUACUGUUUUCUUGAGGCGAAGCUGAGAGAAAGUAGAAUGGUCCAUGGACAAUACAGUUUGGGACUCCUUGAUCAUGUUGAUUUGUCAUUGUCUUACCCGCGGGGUCUCAGACCAAGAUGGCUGAAGUUUUUUUUCUUUUAAUUCACAUGCCAAUGCAUGUAUGGCUGCAUCCGAAUCAACUGUCUAGAGCUAGGUCUAGGUCCACGCCCAUUGAAAAUGUGCGGGGACGUGCUGACAAUAGACGUAGCCGUAGCUCUGGAAGCCCGUUUCAGACACGGUCUUUGUUUAUCCUUGAUGAAGUAUAAUCUGUUUAUUACUGAAGGCAACUUACAAAGUAAUUUUUUGUUGUGUGACUAAUGUGCUGCUGACUCGAUGGUCUGGAGCAUCAACUUCCAGAUCUGUGGGUUUAAGUCCAGCCUGCGUGUGU